CAGCCCCCACCACCUCCCUCGUCCUCAUCAUCCUCAUCCCUAUAUACCCACCCUCUCCACGCCAUCCUUCUUUUUUUUUUUUUGCCGCCGCCGCCGCCUGUGAUGUAAGUGGAGGGGAAAAUGUUGAAGUUGUUCUCGGCGCGGGACGACGACAACGAGAGCCUCCUGGGGGCCGUCACGGAAGAUGAAGGAGACAACCCAUCUCUUGGUGACACCAAACAACCAUGGCUGAGCAGACCUUACCUCCUGGUGCUCAAAGAUGGAGAUGUGUCCAAAUCAGGUCAAAUCAAACCCGGGGACCCCUCCAAGUCCUCCUCGGAUGACGUGGUCAUGUCGUCCGAGCAGAAGAACCCUGCGAAAAUGCUCCACGUGGAGGAAGGCGGCUGCACGGUGACCACGUGGGGUGAAGGUUGCUGUGAGGAGUCAACCACCGGUCGCCUGGUUCUGAGUCCAGCUGAGGAGGAGCAGAUUGGCCCUUCCAAGGAGGACUCAGUGAUUGAGGAGAAGGAGAUGGAGGAAUCGCAUGAGGAAAAUCAUUUAAAACGACCCAAUGGAGGCGAGGUGGAGCUCGCCAGUAAGGAGGGCGCGGUGGGAGACUCCGCAUUCUCCCCCGUGGAUCCCGACAACGAGUCCAGCAACUUGUCCAAAGAUGGAGGCAGCGCCCUGGGGGAGGUGGCUCCGGUUUGGAUCCCGGACGCUCAGGCUCAGGUGUGCAUGAAGUGCGGAGUCAAGUUCACGUUCACCAAGCGGAGGCACCACUGUCGCGCUUGCGGAAAGGUGUUUUGUGCACUUUGCUCCGGCCUGAAGUUCAGACUUACACAUCUGGAUGGCAAGGAGGGGCGGGUUUGUGUUUCCUGUCAUUCAACCCUCAUUAAAAGCACCUCCCCCAGGGGGAGAAGGAGGGUCCGGUUCGCCGAUGGAAUCCCCGUCGACGAGCAGUCCGAGUCCACCCCCAGCACGCCCGUCGGAGGCCUGUACUUCUCGCCGCUGACGAGCCUGGCGCAGAGCAGGACGGCCAAACGUCCAGGAGGUUCGCCACAGCUCCGGACAGCCUCCAGGCCACAUGGGGGCGCUAAUGAGGCUCGUGGUCCUCCGAGUUGGGGGACGUCCUCUUUAGUGAGCAGCUCAUCCAACCUCAUCCCGCUGGACGGCCUGCCGCCCAUCCUCACGACCACGGGAGUCAAAGGAGAUUACAGUGUAGAGGAGCAUCCUUCUGAAAUGUUGCUCAUCCAGGACUUGGAGAGCGGCAGGUCCAAUCCUCUUGUGUUUGUUCUCAACGCCAACCUGCUGGUCAUGGUCAAGAUGGUCAACUAUGUAAACAGGAAGUGCUGGUGCGUGACCACCAAGGGGAUGCAUGCCGUGGGCCAGGUGGAAGUGGUGGUGCUCCUGCAAUGUCUUCCUGAAGAGAAGAGCAUCCCUAAGGACAUAUUCGGGCAUUUUAUCCAGCUGUACAGGGACGGCCUCACAGGUAAGGUGAUAAAACACCUGUCCCUGUCGCUGUUCGGCAGCAGCUUCCUGGGCAGUGAGGAGCACGCCGGCUUCUUGUUUGUUUCCCCCACUCGCCAGUCCCUCUUAGGUCUAGCCCUGCCAAGCCAGCCGUACCUCUUUGGCCUGCUGGUCCACAGAGCCGAGGUGACCUGGGCCAAGGCCUUCCCCUUGCGCCUCAUGCUGCGUCUGGGCGCCGAGUACAGAUUCUAUCCUUGUCCUCUGUACAGCGUGCGCUUCAGGAAGGCCUUGUUUGGGGAGAUAGGCCACACUGUCAUGAGACUUUUAGUGGACUUUAGGAAUUACCGCUAUGGUCUCCCAAAGGUCCCAGGACUCAUUGUGGAUCUGGAGGCUCAAAAGACAUGCAUUAAGAUACCAACUAGUGGCUACAAUGAGAUGAUGAAGGCCCUGAACAAGUCCAACGAGCACGUACUGGCAAUAGGGGCGUGCUUCAACGAGACCGCCGACUCUCAUCUCAUCUGCGUGCAAAGAGACGACGGACAGUACCAGACGCAAGCCAUCAGCAUCCACAACCAGCCGCGCAAAGUAACUGGCUCAUGUUUCUUCAUAUUCAGCAGUGCACUGAAAGCAUCUGCAGGUUAUUUGGCCAAGUCCAGCAUCGUCGAAGAUGGACUUAUGGUGCAGAUUACCCCGGAGACAAUGGCGGAGCUGCGCAGGUCGCUACGGCAGAUGCGAGACUACGUCGUCACCUGUGGACGUGUGGACCAAGCGGACAGCCAGGAGCUUGUUUGUUUGCAGUGGGUGGACGGAAAGAGCACCGUCAAUAAAGGAAUUCUAAGCCCCAUUGAUGGUAAAUCCAUGGAGUCCAUCAGCAGCACAAAGAUGUUCCAGAAAUCAGAAUACAAAGAAAAUGGGAAGAUUAUCCACUGGACGGAAGUGUUCUACCUGCAGAAGGCCGACCUGCCUAAAGGUGUCACCUGUGACGUAGCGGAACACAACCGACUCACAGAGCGCAUCGCCCGAGCCUUUUGCUUGGCCUUGUGUCCUUACCUCAAACUGCUGAAGGAGGAUGGCUUGGCCAAGCUGGGGCUGCGUGUCACCUUUGACCUCCAACAGGUGGGCUUUGUAGCGGGCAGCAACGGAAACCCCCUCCCAUCCCAGUACCUGAACGCCCUGGACAGCACGCUGAUCCCCGUCAUCCACAGCAGGGGGCGCAAAAGAGGCGACGAGCCCCUCGUGAUGGAGCUCAUCUUUUAUAUCCUGGAGUUCAUCACCUAAACAAGUCAUGCGGCCUCCAACUAGACCUGACCUGACCUGACCUCAGCAGUGCUGCCACCAGGAGCGUCCACUGACGAGUCACGAGAGCGAGGUCCCACUCCACUGGUUUUUCCUCAUCUUACCCAGCAGGUGAAACUCAAGCCGCAGCAUUUAAGUAGCAACCCCACAGCUUGUUCAUGUGUGGGGAAAAUAGCUUUAACACAGCAGCUGGAUUCAACCCUGCAGCUUUAAAUCCAAGAGAAUGACUUAGGUAGUAGUUAAUGCACAUGGAAUGAAUGCCUGAUGGAUCGUUAUUUGAUUAUUCUAGUCAGCUUAGAAAUAAAACUUUGCAAUGACAACUAUAAGGCUUGUUU